UCUCGACGAAGGUGAGAUCGGUAAUCGUGGUGGUCUCCGAAGUCCAGAACAAGCGAGAUGCAUCAUGCGCACGCUCCCACCUCGCAUCCUAAUUACAUGGCCUGAUCGGAGUAAGUCAUUCAUUGCUCCCUUACAUGGCCUAUACUUUUGAACUACGCUUCAUCACAGAGCAGUCGGCCAUAGAGUUCCUGCUACUUGGAUGUUACCUACGGUCAUGCCGGACGUCGGGAAAUUGUAACCUCAGCUCCCAUGAUAUCUCCGGAGUCGUGAACUGCCCCGAGAUACAUCAUGCGCUUGUAAAUUACCCUUCGAAAUGUCAUCUGAACUGAGAUGCACCGGGGACGAUCAAUGCAAGCCUGGGGAUUGGAUUGUCGAACCAG